AUGUGCAGCUCGCGCCGUGCCGAGGUGCCUUCGGGCUCCACCAACAUCCAGGGCCGUGAGGUCCUCCCCACCAACGUCAAGCCCGUCCACUACGACCUCACUCUCGAGCCCAACUUCGAGACCUUCAAAUAUGAUGGAACUGUGGUGAUCGACCUCGAGGUCGCCGAAGAUACCACCUCCAUCGCCCUCAACGCCAACGAGCUCGACAUCCAGAAUGCCGUCGUCUCCGCCCAAGGCGCCGUCGUCACCUCCUCCCCCGAGAUCGCCGUCGAUGCGGACAGCCAGGUUGCGACCAUCCGGUUCGCCGAGACCAUCCCCGCUGGGACCACUGCCCAGCUGAAGCUCGCCUUCACCGGUAUCCUCAAUGACAACAUGGCCGGCUUCUACCGCUCGUCCUACAAGCUGCCCUCCGGCGAGACCAAGUACCUCGCCUCCACGCAGAUGGAGCCCACCGAUGCCCGUCGGGCCUUCCCCUGCUUCGACGAGCCCGCUCUCAAGGCCAAGUUCACCGUCACUCUCAUCGCCGACAAGGACAUGACCUGCCUGGGCAACAUGGACGUCGCCUCCGAGACCGCCGUCGGCGAGACCAAAAAGGCCGUCCGCUUCAGCACCUCCCCCCUCAUGUCCACCUACCUGGUCGCCUUCAUCGUCGGCCACAUGAACUACAUCGAGUCCACCGCCUUCCGGGUCCCCAUCCGCGUCUACGCCACCCCCGAUCAGGACAUCGAGCACGGCCGCUUCUCCCUCGACCUGGCUGCCCGCACCCUCGCCUUCUACGAGAAGGCCUUUGACAGCGACUUCCCCCUGCCCAAGAUGGACAUGGUCGCCGUUCCCGACUUCAGCGCCGGCGCCAUGGAGAACUGGGGUCUUAUCACCUACCGCAUCGUCGACGUCCUGCUGGAUGAGAAGAACAGCGGCGCCUCCCGCAAGGAGCGCAUCGCCGAGACCGUCCAGCACGAGCUGGCCCACCAGUGGUUCGGCAACCUCGUCACCAUGGACUUUUGGGACGGCCUUUGGCUCAACGAGGGCUUCGCCACCUGGAUGUCGUGGUACUCCUGCAACAGCUUCUACCCCGAGUGGAAGGUCUGGCAGACCUACGUCAUUGACAACCUGCAGAGCGCUCUCUCCCUCGACUCGCUCCGCAGCAGCCACCCCAUCGAGGUUCCCGUCAAGCGCGCCGACGAGAUCAACCAGAUCUUCGACGCCAUCUCCUACUCCAAGGGCUCCUCCGUCCUGCGCAUGAUCUCCAAAUACCUCGGCGAGGAGACCUUCCUGCAGGGCGUGCGUGACUACAUCAAGAAGCACGCCUACGGCAACACCGAGACCGGCGACUUGUGGGCCGCUCUGGCCGCCGCCAGCGGCAAGCCCGUCGAGCAGGUCAUGGACAUCUGGACCAAGAACGUCGGCUUCCCGGUGGUCAGCGUCACCGAGGACCCGGCCACGUCGACCAUCCGCCUGCGCCAGAACCGCUUCCUCCGCACGGGUGACGUGCGCCCCGAGGAGGACACCACGCUCUUCCCCGUCAUGCUGGGCCUGCGCACGCAGAACGGCGUCGACGAGAACACCAUGCUGCGCGACCGCGAGGCCGCCUUUCCCGUCCCCAAUCUUGACUUCUUCAAGCUCAACGCCGACCACUCGGCCCUGUACCGCGCCUCAUACACGCCCGAGCGCCUCGCCAAGCUGGGCCAGGCCGCCGCCCGCGGCCUGCUGACGGUCGAGGACCGCGCCGGCAUGAUCGCCGACGCCGGCGCUCUCGCCGCCUCGGGCUACCAGAGCACCUCUGGCAUGCUGUCCCUGCUGCAAGGCCUCGACAGCGAGACCGAGUUCGUCGUGUGGAACGAGAUCCUCACCCGCGUCGGCAGCCUGCGCGCCGCCUGGCUCUACGAAGACACCACCACCAAGGACGCCCUCAAGGCCUUCCAGCGCGCGCUCGUCAGCGCCAAGGCCCACGAGAUCGGCUGGACCUUCACCGAGAACGAUGGCCAUAUCGAGCAGCAGUACAAGGCUCUCCUCUUCGGCAGCGCGGGCCUCGCCGACGACCCCGUCAUCGUGAAAGCCGCACAAGACAUGUUCGCCAAGUUCGCCGCCGGCGACUCCAGCGCCAUCCACCCCAACAUCCGCGGCAGCGUCUACUGCAUCGUGCUGAAGCACGGCGGCGCCGCCGAGUACGACGCCGUUCUGGACCGAUCCCGCAACGCGCCCACCUCAGACGAGAAGACCACCGCGCUGCGCUGUCUCGGCGCCGCUGAGGAUCCCGCCCUCAUCCAGCGCACGCUGGGCCUCGCUAUGAGCGACGAGGUCAAGAACCAGGACAUCUACAUGCCGCUGGGCGGUCUGCGCAGCAGCACCGUCGGCAUCGAUGCCCGUUGGGCCUGGAUGAAGGCUAACUGGGAUGCGCUGUAUCAGCGUUUGCCUCCUGGUCUGGGUAUGCUGGGCACGGUGGUGCAGUUGACGACGGCUAGUUUCUGCACGGAGGCGCAGUUGAAGGAUGUUGAAGGAUUCUUUGCCAAUAAGGAUACUAAGGGCUUCGACCGCGCCGUCGAACAAAGCCUAGACGCUAUCCGCGCCAAGGUCCACUGGGUGGGACGCGAUCGGGGCGAUGUCAGCUCGUGGUUGAGCGCGAAUGGGUAUCUGGGUGGUGGGAAGUUGUAA